AUGGGUAUUGACACAGCGUACAAAAGGGAACAGCAGAAAUAUGGCUACACGCACCUUUCUGCUGGUGACCUCCUUCGAGAUGAACGAAAAAGGCCAGGAUCACAGUAUGGAGAACUCAUUGAGAACUACAUUAAGGAGGGGGAAAUCGUACCAGUUGAAAUAACAAUCAGCUUGCUGAAGAGGGCUAUGGAUCAAACAAUGGCUGCCAAUUCCCAGAAGAACAAGUUCUUGAUUGAUGGAUUUCCCAGGAAUGAAGAUAAUCUGCAAGGCUGGAAUAAGACUAUGGAUGGGAAGGCGGAUGUUUCUUUUGUUCUCUUUUUUGAUUGUGACAAUGAGAUAUGUAUUGGCCGCUGUCUUGAAAGAGGCAAGAGCAGUGGCAGGAGUGAUGAUAAUCGGGAGAGUCUGGAAAAGAGAAUUCAUACGUAUUUGCAGUCUACUAAGCCUAUAAUAGAUUUGUAUGAGAGAAUGGGAAAAGUCAGAAAAGUGGAUGCCUCUAAAUCUGUUGAUGAAGUUUUUGAAAAAGUUGUACAAAUUUUUGACAAAGAAGGCUAAUUCCCAGCUUGAAAGUUCAUUUAAACUUGUGCUUGAAUCUUGCUUAAAUAGCUGCUACUGCAGUCCACUCUUUGUAAUUGUUUUAAAAGAUUUUUUAAUUGUUUUUCACAUAUCUAAUGAUGAUUGUAAAAGCAGUUAAUUACAAAUGGAUCUGUUUUUUAAAUAGGAAAUAAUUUCUUGUGGCUGUAGUAUACAAAUUUCAGGGUUCUCCAUUAGUACAAGUUCAGUUACUCACAUGGCAAAACCACAGUUAAAACAUCUCUCUGAAGAGACUAUUUAUUCUAUCACAGUUCUGUGCCUGUCGUGGGCAGCCCCUCUUAUUCCUUGUUGCCACACACCUAUUUUAUUUUUUAUUUUUUUAAGGAUCAGCUAAACAGCAGCAUUAAGCAAUGAGGGACCCGUGUGCCCUUGUUUGUUUUUUGGAUGCUUGGACCAAAUUAGCAGAUAUUUUUUUAGUAUAAUUUUGUCACGAAGUUCCCUGUUGUCCCCAAACCUGAAUUCUCUAA